GCAGAGAGAUAUAAAGCUGCUAACCAGAGAGCAGUGCAAAUGCUGGAGAAGUGUGGAACAACCCAAGUUGAAGUAGAUGCCAGUGGAACACUAACAUAUCCUAUAGAUAAAGGUGAUGCAGGAGAUCAAGCUGACAAGAAGCUUAAGCCUUUGAGUGUUGAUGAAGAACGGUUCAUGAGAGCAUUUUAUGAGGCAAAGGUCCAAGAAGUGUGUAGUGCCUUUGAAUUUCCUCAUAAGAUUCAGGCAACCGCCCUUCAAUACUUUAAAAGAUUUUAUCUGCAAUGGUCUGUUAUGCAACAUCAUCCAAAAGAAAUAAUGUUAACCUGCGUGUAUGCAGCAUGUAAAAUAGAGGAGAAUCAUGUAUCUGCUGAGGAAAUAGGGAAGGGGAUUAAACAAGAUCACCACAGUUUGGAAUUUGAUCUGAUUGUUUAUGCACCGUAUCGUGCAAUCGAAGGCUUUGUCAGAAACAUGGAGGAAUUUCUCCAAGCUAGAGAUGAUGAAAUCCAAAAGCUGGAGAAUUUGCUCAAAGCGGCGACAGCAGAAGCCGAUAAAGCUAUGCUCACAGAUGCUCCUCUCCUCUUUCCUCCUGGCCAGUUGGCGUUGGCUGCUUUGCGUAUUGCAAAUGGGAUUCUUAGAGUGGUUGACUUUGAUAGGUACCUAGAGAACAUUGUUUCUCAACCCAACUCUGAGCAUACGACUUCAGAGCUCACUAAAUUACUUGAUGACAUCGAAUUUUUGGUAAAAAACUACAAGUACCCAAGUGAAAAGGACAUGAAGCAUAUCAACCGGAAGCUAAAGUCUUGUCUAGGACAUAGUUCUUCACAUGACGAGAGUAAGAAAAGGGAGAAGAGAUCGAAGCACAAGUCACAUAGGAGCUCCAAUGAUACACCAAAAGGGGCACCGAUGGGUUGA